GCGGGGGCCGGGGGGAGGGGAGAGGGGGAUUUACUAUUAGCUCUGAUCGGCUGCUUGAAGCUCUUCCACUGAACCGGCCCUUUCUCACUCUGUCUGGGCGUGAUAAUCUCUCAGCUGCUGGCUGCAUUGUGUGCCAGACGCUGGUGGGGCACCGCCUGCUGCGCGCUCGUCGCUCCUAAAUUGUGCUGACGAUCCCUCCAUCGGGCCCUCUCCUCAUUCGAGCCGGGUUCCACUUGUGUCGGGCCCGACCUUCCGAAAGCUCUUCUCUCCUCCUCCUCCUCCUCCUCCUCCUCUUCUCUUUCUCCCUCCGCUCGCCUGCCUUUCUUUCUUUUCUUCUUCCCUCUCCCUCAGCUUGACGACGACGACGACUCCUCUCGCUCGCUCGCGGUGGAUGUGAGGCGUGUGGGUUCUCGCCCUCGGUCGCCUUGCGCACUGAGAAAUUCUUGUGUCUGAUUCUCGGCGCAAGAACAGUGGUGCCGAGUUGUCUGGUCUUGGACUCCUGCGAAGCUCCGAGGAUUGAGACUCACGGCUGCCAGCCGUUUCUGCCUCUCUAGGGAUCGUCCGUAUCCCCCCACUUGUGCUCUUCUCUCUCUGCGACCGAAGGCUGGUCGGCUCGCUUGCUGCAGAUCACCCCUCCCUCCCUCCCUCCCUCCCUCCCCUCCAGUCCAAUAUUUCCCCCCCUCCCCCCCUGCUCGCGAGAGUUUCUUGGCACUCUGGCGUGCGUGCAUUCAUCCCUCCAGUGUAAAUUCAUUCUUCUGGUAUGCGCUCUGUGUUCCAAGUGUGAUUACAUUAUCCUCUACAAAUUCCGAGCGGCUUAAAAAUCUCACUCCCUUUUUUUCUCCUCCUCUCUCGAGGCCGAGGACCUCGUUCGUGGAUUGGUGUAUGCACCACCUCCAUUCGGGGCAUUCUCCGCAGAAAACCAUCACUUAUGUUACAUAGCUCCCUUCAGGCGAGAUUUUCCUACCUCGGUGAGUGCCGCAUUGGGAGGAGAGGCCGAAGCUCGUGUAGCAAGAGCGAGCUGCAGAAACGCUGCAGGUUGAUGACUUGCCGACUCUUCCGAUAGUAGCAGCAGAAGGCCAUUUGCACGCACCUCCGGACGAGGCAGAGGUCGAGCAUUCAUGGCCGUCACAGUUUGAUGUCGCAGCCGCAGCUUUGGCAUCAGCCCGAGAGGAUCGUUCGGCCGCGCGGUCCUUCGCGUUCUUGCGCGCGCUCGUCGCGCUCGCGCUCGGGAUCUCGAGAAGAGAGCGCUGCCGCGAUGGCGUCGACGACUACCACGACGACGACGACGAUGGCGACGGCGGCGGCGGUGCGAGAUGGGGUGCCCGGGAGCCUGUGCUCGGACUUGUACAUGGCGCUGGAGCUGAACGGGGCGGACUCGGGAAUGUGCGAGCGGCCGCGAGUGCUGGCCGUGCUCUCGUCAUUGCUCGACCGCGUGGUGGCCCGAAACGAGCGCCAGGCGCUGGUGCUGAACCGCAGCCUCAGCCCUCCGAAAUUGACAGUCUUCCACGGCCUCCGUGCGCCCACCAUCAGCAUCGAGAAGUACCUCGAGCGGAUCUUCAAAUACGCCAACUGCAGCCCCUCGUGCUUCGUCGUCGCCUACGCCUACAUCGACCGCUUCAUCCACCAGCAGCCCGGCAUCCCCAUCACCUCGCUCAAUGUCCACCGCCUCCUCAUCACCAGCGUCAUGGUCGCCGCCAAGUUCCUCGACGAUGCAUACUACAACAAUGCGUACUACGCGAAGGUGGGCGGGGUGACGACGCUGGAGAUGAACAGGUUGGAAUUGGACUUCCUCUUCCGGCUGGAUUUUCGCUUACAGGUGACGGUGAGCGUGUUCGAGAGCUAUUGCAGCCAUCUGGAGCGCGAGGUGGCGCUAGGGGGCAGCAAUUACCAGGUCGAGAGGGCGCUGCAGUUCGGGUGCGGGUUGGACGGGGGCUCGACGCAGGCCAAAGUCGAGAAGCAGCAGCGGAUGGUGGUCAGGUGCAGCUACGGUGGAUUGUGACCCUGCCCCUCGCCGCGAGAAUUUUCCGAGCAGUGAGAGAUAGAGCGAGGCACCGGAGUUUUGCCGCGCGCCGCGUGCCUGGCUCUCUCUCUCGCUCUCGCUCGCUCUCCUCCCGGCCGCCGUUUUUUUUACUCUGCUCCACUGCCCUGACUCCCUGUACACUGCCUUUUACGCGCGAGCGAUCGAACGAUGCGACGAUGCAACGAUGCCACGAAACAAUGAAUGAACGAGCGGAUGAGCGAACGAUGAAGAUGACGACGAUGACGACGGCGGACGGGGUUUUGGGCAGGGGGUGGAGGAGGGCGGGAUGGGGCGGGAUGGGAGAACAACAGCCUGGAGGUGUGGGUUUUUGGGCGUCUCCGGAUCGAUCGAUGGUGGGGAAAUUUCUGGAGGCGUCGUUGGGUGUGGUCGUGCGGGAUGCAUACUUCCUACUACUUCUUAUAGCUAGCUGGGUUCACGGUGGAAGCCAGAUUGCUGCUCGAGCGCAGAUCCUGGGAGUCGUCUGCGCUCGGGCGCAAGGUGGCACGGCGACGAUGAACGCUUUAUCAUAACAAGACGGCAUUUCCCGCCUGCCUGCUCGAUUGUAAUUAUAGUGUAACAAUGUUAGGUCGUAGAGGAUGCCGGGUCCGAGCGAAAGGGCUGUGGAUCCGGCUCGUGUCUUACAAGGUUUCCUUACUCGCCCGGAGUGGUUUCUACGAAGGUGGUGCUGGUGUUGGCCUUCUUCUUUAUUCUUCUUCUUCAUCCGAAACCAUUAUCUGUAGUUUAGGUUUCUCUCGAUAAAUUGCAUGCUGGCCGGAGCCUGCUCCCGCCCCUGCUUCCUCACGGGCAUCGAAUGGCUUGCUGGGAUCAAUGUACCGAUUCAGACCAGGGCCGCCUGAGGCCCAUCAGGUCAGGUGUCCGGCCUUCGCCAUGCCCGGCCUCUCAGCGAUGGAAAGUUUGGUGUGACAUUUUGCAAUAGGGCGAGCUGUGGGUCGCGAGGAGGUUGCUGGAUCGGGUUUCGGUCACGACAACGACGACGACGACGACGACGAAUAGACGAUGAUUGAAAAGCGUGACAACUGUUUUUCUUAUCUUCUAGACUUGAGGAGCAGCCGCUGAUCUUCACUUACUUAUAGGAUCUGUAUUUGUAAACUGUGAUCGAGUAAAAAGCCGAGAAAGACAUUGAUACU